CUCACGGUGGUCAGGCGCUUCACGCCUCGUUCCUGCGCUAUAUAACUCGGAUGUGCAUCUUAUUCACAGCGUGGUGAACCUGUAGCCAAGCCGCCAUACUGCCGUUUUCUAUUUGUUUGUGGAUAUUACCAUGAGUCGGAUGGAAUCUACUCAUCAGUCCUCCCAAGCUCAAACAGCCUUGCCUAGUGAUGUUGUCUCUGCUUUACACACGCUACAUGAAUUUGUUGCUACUGCGAUGGCAAUCCCUCCGCAGAUAAUUGUUACUUGCAGAGACGACAAACGUGCGUUUGGAAGAGCAGCGUUGCAAGCUAUGAGCUACAGGAAAGCAGUCGACAUGUUCAUUACCAGAUUUGCCACGAAGGAAGACUGGUGGAUAUCUGAGUUUCGAUACAAGCCCGAGGUCACGAUUUAUGGUCGAUUCUAUCGACAACAUGGCGACGACGAUGACGGUAUGGUCAUCCUCGACGAGCGAGGAUGGUCCGAACUUGUUGGCAAUGUCGUGAGGCUGACCAUCGUCUUCACAUCGCUCAAAUUUACCGUCACGGCGCAAUCAUCCUCGAAAGCAUGAUCCACGAGUCCAGCUAACAUGAUAAGGAUCGCGACGAAGUUGAACGAACGAAUAGCGGUGAUCUUCUCAUCGAGACUUGGGUCAGAUUAGGUGCAAUAGAAAUGGGUAAUAUAUACAUUCAGUUUGAUACUUUUGUAGCUUUCACCACUAUCUAGAAGACCAUCAUCGCCAAAUGUACAAAACAAAAGGCAUAGCGCUGCUAGCGAAAGUGAAGCUGUAGAAGUCCUUCUACGCCGAAGAAUAAUGUCCCUUCCUCAUGAGUAGAAGUGGAAGAGUGAUAAGGAAUC